AUGCCUGGCGACAUGGAGGACAGACCCGCCGAGGAGAAUGACGUUAACGGAGACCUUCGACCAACUACAGAUGCUGGAGCUCUGGAAACUUCUCCGGGCAACUCGAGACCACUCACGGCCGACACGCAGCAAACGCAAGCUGUCUUAGAGCAGCGAGCCGACGCUCUAGUGCUUUCUGUCAACCACAAGCUGCCCUUCACCACCGAGUUUGUUGCGAUCAGUGACAAGACUGCUGUCAGCGAACAGCUCAGUAUCUUGAGGAUCGCCAAAGAUCGUCUUGCAGGGCGGAUUGCGCGACACAGCAAAUACAUGCCAGGCUUGAAAGAGUACAUCAAGUCCCUCGAGGUUAUCAUGAGCCUUCUGGACAACGUGGCGCCUACAUCGACUUCUACUACUGCACCGAAUGAAGCUCUCGCCAACGGAGACUCGGCAAUCCUAGAGAAGAUGCAUCAAGACCUUGCAAUGUUGAAGAGACCAGAGGUGUUGAAACUCAUUCGUACCAACACAGAGGCUCGCAGAGUCACACUUACCCAGGAUAUUGCAGCGAAGUCAGCGGAGACAACAGCACGCACCGAGAGUUGGGAAACAGAGACUGGAGGAGUGGAGGAUGUGGUUAGUAUCAGCAGACUCACGGACGAGAUGGAGGCUCUCAAGGUUGAGAGAAGCUUCUCACGCGGCAUAGUCGCCUUGGCAGAAUCUUGCCCGGCGAAGCUCGAGGGGUUGUCUUACAGUACGUGA